UUCUUUCUUCCACUAUAACGCCAUUUUACCUACAGAAACAUACUGUGCUCAAUGCUGUACUCUAAAUUAACAAGUAAUUUAUGAUAAAAUGAGUGAAAAUGUACAAGGAACAUUUGUAUCGGAAAAAAUUUCCAAAAUCAGAUGGAAACACGAAGAUUUUGAGGAAGCUAGCAAUUUUUUAACCGGUAGUUGGGAUGAUCCGGUAAAUAAAUUAACUCAUUGGACAUUUCAAAUGAAUGAUGAUGGUGAAUCAUAUCCAGCAGUAGUUUCUUCAUAUGCUAUCCUUGGAGAUGUGACUGAAAUAAAGUUCAUCUCAAAAGAUUUCUUUGUGGUGUCAACAUCUAUAGGUACAGUUAGACUGUUACAAAUUCAUGAAAAUCCAUAUUCCCAGUUUAAAGAACACAUGUCAUGGGAAUUCAUACAUAAAUUUCAAAAAACAAGUGAUUAUGCAUCUUGCACUGCACUAUCUACCUUUGAACAAGAUAUAGUUUCAGUUGGAGAAGAUGGGAGGAUUAAUCUUUUAACUGCUGGUCAAGAAUUACCAGUUAGAGUUAUUGAUGAAGCUGAUAGUUGCUCUAUAUAUUGUGUUGAUUUUUUAAGACACAAUGAGAUACUUACUGGAAAUUUAAGAGGACACAUGAAGGUUUGGGAUUUAAGAAAUGAUCAAAAUCUUCCUGCUACAACAUUCAUGCUCUCUGAUCAAACAAAAACAGAAGCUACUAGUAUUGCUCAUCAUCCUACUCAAAGACAUAUUGUUGUUGCUGGUGGUGGUGAUGGUAGUUUAACAGUGUGGGAUUUAAGACAUAAUACAUAUCCAAUGUCUCAACUUAAUGCUCAUGCUAAAGCUGUUAGUGAAAUACUCUUCCACCCUGACAGACCAGAAAAUCUAUUCACUUGUUCUGCUAGUGGUGAACUAUGGCACUGGAACAAUUCUCAGCAUUCAAAACUAAGUUUAGAUCCUACAAACACACAUUGGUUAAAUACAAUUGGUACAAAUGGUAAAGUAAAUGUAACAUCUCUGUGUAGCAUUAUGCAUAAACCAAUAAACAGUAUUGACAUUGAUAGAUCAACAUUACUUUUUGGUUGUGAUAAUGAAGCAAUGUAUAUUAUCAGAGAUGUAACUAUUUAAUACCUAGUUUAUUUGAAUUAUAUUUUUUAUAAUUGUAAUAUACUAAAAAGAAAUAAAUAUGUUUUUUACCUUAAA